GCUUCUGCUCCGCUCCGCAUCGUUCUCCACACAGCCUAUCUGUAUCGAUAUUUCUCUCUCUCGGGUCGCCCUGUAGCGUUGUAGUCUCCCUGGUUUCUGGUCUUUCCUCGUGGUUCCGUCUUGUCUUUCCUUCCACUACUAUGCUGGGAUCCGAUGGCCGACGAGCCUCAGAGCACCGAUGCCCCCGCGUGUUCUGAGGUUCGUCGAUCGUCGGGGCGGGUCAGGCGAGCGGAGGGGCAUUCCGCGAGUCUGGCUUGCAAUCCCUACACCUUCCUUUCCAUCUCAUCUCAUCUCAUCUUUUACUAUUUCUUUCUCUUGUUUCACCUCUUUCCGGUUGGGAUUUUGGUUCUCUCAUCGUACUCGGGUUCUUGGUCUUGUUUAUUGGCGUCUUACUUAAGGCUCGUGUUUCUGGGACUUGGACGUGGAUGGCUUUGUACGGGACUAGUUGGGUAUAUUUGUGGUCACACUGUCGACUUGUAGCAUGGUCGUAUCUUUAUGGAAUAUUUAUGGUUCGG